AUGGAUUUCAAGUCCAUACUUGGCAAACAGCUGCACAAUGGCGCAUUCAGCUCGAACAUGACUGCGGCCAAUAUGAGUGGGGGCAUGCCUGGCCUGGAAGGCAUCAUCACCCUCCUCGGCAGUCGAAACCCGUUGGUCCAGCUCUUCAUGGUAUUACACCAGAUGGUCGGCUCGCGCAUAGGAAUCGACCCAACCAUGAUCCUGACCCUGGUCGGAUUCGCCUGGGCCGCAAAUAGAAUAUGGCGCCAGUUCUUCAUGGUCAUCUACAGGUUCAUCGCCGAGUACCUGAUGGCCAGCAUACACGUGUCCAGCGGCGACGAGAUCUACCUGCACAUGAUCAAGUGGCUGGCCUCCCAGCCCAGGCUCGUCAACUCGCGCUCCCUCACCGCCGAGACCCUCUCAAAAACCGCAUGGGAGGAGGAGGACGAGGCCGACGUGCUGGCCACCAGGAUCUCGCCCGACGGCGAGGGCGUCUACCUGAACUUCUCCAACCAGGAGGCCAAGAUGCCCCCGCGCUUCGUGCCCGCCCUGGGCGUCCACGGCUUCUGGUUCGAGGGCAACUACUUCCGCCUGCACCGCAAGCAGGAGCACUUCUUCGAGGACAGCGGCGUCGGGGGCCAGACCUUCAAGGACAAGGAGAACCUCGUCAUCUCGUGCCUGGGCCGCUCCCCGGAGCCCAUCAAGCGCCUGCUGCGCCACGCAAAGGAGUCCUACUACAACGACCACUACGCAAAGACCAUCGUCAAGCGGCCCUCCCCCCAGAACAUGCGCCGCUACGGCGGCCGCCACGCCUGGGCCCAGGUGGCCAACCGCCCCGUGCGCCCCAUGAAGACGGUCGUGCUCGACGCGAGGCAGAAGGUCCAGCUCCUGGCCGACGUCAACGAGUACCUGCACCCCGCCACGCCGCGGUGGUACGCCAACCGCGGCAUCCCACUGAGGCGGGGCUAUCUCUUCCACGGCCCGCCCGGGACCGGCAAGACGUCACUGUCUUUUGCGCUGGCCGGCGUUUUCGGCCUUGACAUAUACGUUAUUAGCCUGUUGGAGCCAUCGCUCACGGAGGAGGACCUGCUCGCGCUCUUCAACUCCCUGCCGCGGAGAUGCGUCAUCCUGUUGGAGGACAUCGAUACCGCCGGCCUUGCGCGGCCCAAGGAGGAGCAGGACCAGGACGUGGAGGCAGAGGGCGAGGCGAGCAAGGAAAGCACCAAGAGAGAAGGCGGCAGGGGCCGCAAGGGCGGCCGUCCCAACGGCACAAGCGGUGGCGGCGGCGGCGGCGGCGGCGGGGACGGCACCGGAGACGGCGGCAUGAACGACUGGAAGGUGGCCGACCUCGCCCGCGAGCUGAAGAAGCAGGGCGGGCCCGACGAGAAGAAGGGCAUCAGCCUGUCCGGGCUCCUGAACGCCAUCGACGGCGUCGCCUCGCACGAGGGCCGCGUGCUCAUCAUGACCACCAACAAGCCGGAGGCCCUCGACGAGGCGCUCAUCCGGCCCGGCCGCGUCGACCUGCAGGUCGCCUUCACGAACGCGACGCAGGAGCAGGCCCGGGAGCUGUUCGAGCGCAUGUACGAGGCCGACUCGAAGCGCAAGCCCACUACCACCACCGCGCCACAGCCAACCGCCAUGGUGAACGGGAAGCACGAGGGGGCCAACGGCCAUGCCGCCGAGAAGAAGCCUCUGCCCGGGACGGCGGAGCCAGACCACCACCACCACCGCCCGAACGGGGUGGUCAACGGCGGCGGCGGCGGCGCGGGCGGGACCAUCUCGAGCGAGGCGCUCGACGACCACCGGCUCGAGAUCACGAUCGAGGAGCUCCGGGAGGUGGCGGCCGAGUUCGCGGCCAGGAUCCCGGACGGGUUCUCGCCCGCGGAGCUGCAGGGGUUCCUGCUCAAGCGCAAGAAGGACCCGCGCAGGGCGCUCGCCGAGGCGGACCACUGGGUCGAGGCGAUGACGAGGCAGAAGGCGAGCAGGACCAAGGUGUUGCAGGUGCAGUGA